AUGUCGAAAGGAAUGGAAUGCAAUAGCCCUAAUAAUUAUAAUCCAAUGGGUGAUCGACUGCAAGUCGUUCGUCCAUCUCUACCGAAAAAAUCCAUUGCUGAUGCCUACUUAUUGGCAUUCCCUCUUGGAAUUCUUGGCUUACAUCGCUUCUAUCUGGGUCAAAAGUAUCUUGGACUUGCUUAUUUUUUCUCUUUUGGAUUAUUCGGCCUUGGAUGGUUGCAUGAUCUUGUCUUUAUGCCUAGCGUAGUCAAUCAUGCUAAUCGUUGCCGAGCUCUUCCACAAGAGAAGAAACCAUACAGUUUACUCGAAGCCUAUAUCCUUUGCCUCAAUCCAGCUGGAAUUUUUUUCGGUUUACAUCAAUUCUAUUUAGGAAGGAAGGGAUUUGGUACCGCUUAUUGCUUUACGAUAGGCUUAUUUGGUGUUGGUUGGCUUUCCGAUAUACUGAGGAUGCCUAAGUUAGUUGCAGACGCCAAUAAGCGAGCAAUGGAAAUACAAGCUAAUCCUGAAGUUGCUAAGCAAAAGAAAGCUAAGAAAAUUGACGACGCUUACAUUUUAUGCGUAUUCGGAUUUUUAGGACUUCAUCAUUUCUACUUGGGCAAUAUUGGAUUUGGUUUUGCCUAUUUAUUUACCAUGGGUAUGGGAGGAAUUGGAUGGUUAGUCGAUUUCCUUCGCAUGCCAAUACUAGUAGCCAGAGCCAACGACCCAAAUCCAAGCCCCAAAAAGCAUCUAGAUGACGCUUAUAUUUUAACAUUCCCCCUUGGAAUGCUAGGUUUACAACACUUUUACUUAGGUAGACCUGGUUGGGGUGUUACUUAUAUGUUUACGCUUGGCUUGGCUGGCUUUGGAUUCUUGGUUGAUCUUGUUCGUAUGCCCUUCUUGGUUCGCCAAGUUAACGAUGCUAUAAUUGAAGGUCAAAAUUUACUUGGUGUUGCUAUUGAUUCAAACUAUAAUGGUAAUCAACCUCAAUUUGGCAACAAUCCCUCUGUGAAUGCCUCCAAUAUGCCUUACCAAGCACCUAACAAUGUUAUGGAGACUAGGAAAGUACCAAUAGAUAACGGAAAUACUGUAUUAAAUUAUCCACACAAAGAUGUAUAUCCACCUCCACCAUCAAUUAGUACUGAACCACCACCUGCUUAUGAAUCAAAGGUUAACUUACGCUAA